AUGUGGCUGGAAAAGUACGCGCCGCAAAGCCUGGACGAGCUGAAAAUCCACAAGGACAUCACGGAGAGGCUGAAGAAGCUGAGCGCGCACAAGGACCUACCGCACAUCAUUUUUUACGGCGCGCCAGGAGGAGGAAAAAGUACCCGAAUAGAUUGCCUAAUAAAGGAAAUAUUUAAAGAGGAAAAGAUAAUCAGAAGACCAGAGUGCCUAACAAAUGCAGAAAAUAAAAUUAGCAUAAAUGUGGUUCAGAGCAAUUACCACCUAGAGUUACAAUGCUUCGAAUUAGGGAUAAAGGACAAAGUAAUUGUGCAGAAUGUUAUUAAAGAGUUAUGUAGCUACAAAUCAAGUGCUUCUUUUUUUUCCAAAGCACCCAUGUACAGAAUAUUUGUUUUUAAAGAUGCCGAGUUUUUAAGUGAAGGAGCUCAAGCAGGAUUAAGAAGGACACUGGAGACGUACAUAAGAAAUGCAAGAGUCAUUUUACAUUUGGAGCAUUUGUCAAAAAUUAUAGAGCCGCUAAAGAGUAGGUGCAUCUGCAUACGAGUUCCUCUCCCCACGGAAGAAGAAAUCAUUGGGGUGUUAAAAGAUAUAAGUGAAAGUGAACACGUGUCUGCAUCCUUCAGCUCAGUGGAGUUUUUCAAAACGUUGAUUAAUAAGCAUGGGAGGAAUUUGAGGAAGUGCAUUAUGGCACUUGAAAUGACUGUGUAUGCAAAUUCGGCCAAACCACAUCAGUCCCUUUCAGUUGCUUCUACCUACAUAAACGAGCUGUGCGAAUUUGCCUUUGUAAAUCCCUCCCAAAUAAAGAUGAAGGAAUGCGUGACGAAAAUUCAGAGCUUAAUAACGUGUCAAAUUCCGGUUAACUUCAUUUUCGAAACGAUCAUUAAAUAUUUGUUACGCAAUAAUUAUGACUACAAAUUGAAGUACUAUUUCUUGAAGCUGUGCUCGCACUUUUCCUUCCUCUCCGAGAGCUCCUUCGACAAGAGCGUCUCCCUCAUCGCCUUCAUCGUCAACGCCAACACGGCCAUUAUCAAGUACAACCUGGCGCGGAAGUAGCGCUGUGUGGAGCAGCGUGGGAGCGCUACGUGGAAGCGUUGUGUGGAAACGUUGCGUGAAAACGUUGCGUGAAAACGUUGCGUGAAAACGUUGCGUGAAAACGUUGCGUGAAAACGUUGCGUGAAAACGUUGCGUGAAAACGUUGCAUGAAAACGUUGCGUGAAAACGUUGCGAUUAUGCCUGCGCUUCACCCGCACAGUCCCCCCCACAUUUUACACUACAUUUUGCUUUUUUCGCGUGCCUCUUUUUCACGCGCGCUGCCCCCGCUCCGCCCGCUCCCCCCUUUUUU